GCAACAGGCCCCAGGCAUGGAAGAGCUGAUAUGGGAACAGUACACUGUGACCUUACAAAAGGAUUCAAAACGAGGAUUUGGGAUUGCAGUUUCUGGUGGCAGAGAUAACCCUCAUUUUGAAAAUGGUGAAACAUCAAUAGUCAUUUCAGAUGUUCUUCCAGGUGGUCCAGCAGAUGGAUUACUGCAAGAAAAUGACCGGGUGGUCAUAGUUAACGGGACCCCAAUGGAAAAUGUUCCACAUUCUUUUGCAGUCCAACAGCUUAGGAAAAGUGGAAAAGUAGCCACCAUUGUAGUGAAAAGGCCAAGGAGAGUGCAGGCUGCGGCAUUGAAGAGAAGCCCCUCCCUUGACUAUGAGGAUAGAGCUUUAGAUGUAAUGGAUGACCAUGCAGAAUUUGAUGGCAAAAGUGCUCGAAGUGGCUAUAGCGACAGAAGCUGGCAUAGUGGUAAUGGAGGGGGCAGCCAAAGCUGGGGAAACAGCCUGGAUCAGAGCUAUAGAGAUGAACAAGACAGAGGGCGUAACCGAAGCAGGGACCGUGAUAGGGAAUGCAGCUACAGCCGUGAUCGAAGUCGUGGUAGGAGCGUUGACAGGAGCUUGGAUCGAGACUAUAGAAGAGAUCGGAGCAGGGGAAGGAGCAUUGACAGAGAUGGUGGCUAUGAACGGGACUACAGAGGAGACUACAGCCCACCCACUUAUAGUCACGGAUCUCAACCUGAUCCUAGAUAUGGGAGGGAAGUGAGGAGUCGAAGUCGGGACAGGCUUUGUUCCCGAAGUCCUUCGCCUGAAAUACAUCAACACGAGUACCUAGGACCGCAGGAUCAGAACGGACCGAUCAGUGUUCUUUUAACAAAAGGCAGACAUAAUGAAGAAUAUGGUCUCCGGCUUGGAAGUCAGAUCUUCAUAAAAGAAAUGACCCAUACUGGCCUAGCAACCAAAGAUGGAAACCUUCAUGAAGGGGAUAUCAUUCUCAAGAUCAAUGGUACAGUGACAGAGAACAUGUCUUUAGCUGAUGCCCGAAAAUUGAUUGAGAAGUCACGGGGGAAGCUUCAGCUGGUUGUCCUCAGGGACAGAAAGCAGACACUGCUCAACAUCCCUUCAUUGAACGACAGUGACUCAGAAAUGGAUGACAUUUCUGAAAUAGAUUCAAACAGAUCAUUCUCCCCUCAAGAUGACAGAUUACAUCAUUCUGAUCCAGAUUUGCAUUCAUCCAAUGAAAAGCUGAAAGAGAAACCAAAUGCAAAAGAUGAUCCAUCCAGUAGGCUGUCCAGGAUGGGAGCAAUGCCUACACCAUUCAAAUCAACUGGUGACGUUGCUACUCCUGCUGUUACAGUUGUGGACACAAACAAAGAACUGAAGUACCAAGAUGACCUAGCAGUGUCUCAACCAAAAGCAGUUACAAGAACGAUUCUUAAACCCAGCCCUGAAGAUGAAGCAAUCUAUGGUCCUAAUACAAAAAUGGUGAGAUUCAAGAAAGGGGACAGCGUGGGUCUACGACUGGCUGGUGGAAAUGAUGUAGGGAUAUUUAUUGCUGGAAUUCAAGAAGGCACCUCAGCUGAUCAAGAGGGACUGCAGGAAGGAGAUCAGAUUCUUAAGGUAAACACUCAAGACUUCAGAGGCAUUGUUCGGGAAGAUGCUGUUCUGUAUCUCUUAGAAAUCCCCAAAGGUGAAACAGUGACAAUUUUAGCUCAAAGCAAAUAUGAAGUGUACAGAGACAUCAUGGCCUGUGGCAGAGGAGAUUCAUUCUUCAUCAGGAGCCACUUUGAGUGUGAAAAAGAGUCACCACAGAGCUUAGCAUUCACCAGAGGGGAGAUCUUUAGAGUAGUUGAUACACUGUAUGAUGGCAAACUUGGAAACUGGCUGGCCGUGAGAAUUGGGAAUGAACUGGAAAAGGGCCUCAUUCCAAAUAAGAGCAGAGCUGAGCAGAUGGCCAGUGUUCAAAAUGCCCAAAAAGAUGGUUCAAGUGAUAGGGCAGAUUUCUGGAGAACACGUGGCCAGCGUUCUGGAGUGAAAAAGAAUCUGAGGAAGAGUCGUGAAGAUCUGACAGCUAUUGUAUCUGUGAGCACAAAAUUCCCAGCUUAUGAGCGAGUUCAGUUGCGUGAGGCUGGUUUUAAGAGACCUGUGGUGAUAUUUGGCCCUAUUGCAGAUGUCGCUAUGGAGAAGUUGUCAAAUGAUUUGCCUCAUCUGUACCAGACAGCAAAGACAGAACCCAGAGACGCAGGUUCAGAGAAGUCAACUGGGGUAGUGCGCUUGAACACUGUGAGGCAAAUCAUUGAACAGGAUAAACAUGCUCUGUUGGAUGUGACUCCUAAAGCAGUGGACCUGCUAAAUUAUACCCAGUGGUUUCCAAUUGUGCUCUUCUUUAACCCAGACAGUAAGCAGGGUGUGAAAACCAUGAGACAAAGGCUAUGUUCCACAUCUAACAAGAGCUCAAGAAAACUUUAUGAGCAAGCAAACAAACUGAAGAAAACUUGUUCCCACCUCUUUACAGCCACCAUUAAUUUGAAUUCAGCCAACGAUAGCUGGUAUGGCAGUCUGAAAGAUACAAUUCAGCAACAGCAAGGAGAAGCAGUAUGGGUAUCAGAAGGAAAGAUGGACGGCAUGGAAGAUGAUGCAGAUGAUCGUAUGUCUUACCUUACUGCAAUGGGUGUUGACUAUUUGAGUUGUGACAGUCGGCUGAUCAGUGACCUAGAGGAUACAGAUGGAGAAGGAGGUGCAUACACUGACAAUGAACUUGAUGAACCCUUGGACGAACCAAGGAUUUCAUCUGUUAGCCGGUCCUCUGAACCUGUGCAUCAUGAGGAGAGUUUAAAAAAAUCUAGUCCAGAACCAAGGACUCAGUUGAGAAAAGCUGGUAGCAGGGAGAUUCUUAGAGAACCGAGUCCACCUCCAGCAUUCAAGCCUGAACCGCCUAAGGGAAAGUUACAACACAAAGAGGAUCUGUAUGACUUCCCCAAGAACUGUGACUCCAAAUCAAGUAACGUUGCUGUCAGCAGUGAGACUUCAACUGUGUCAGCUAAAGCAGCACCACCACCUGUUUCUGUGAAACCUGCCUUUGGGCGUCCCAUCCUGAGAAACUCUCAGCCAGCAGUCCCACCUGCAGAGGAGGAGGAGGAGACAAAUUUGGAGGAGGAAGAAAGUGAACAAGAAAAUACUCCAAAAUCUGUAUUGAGGAAAGUGAAAAUAUUUGAGGAGAUGGAUCAUAAGGCGAGGAUGCAAAGAAUGCAAGAGCUACAAGAGGCCCAGAAUGCCAGGCUUGAAAUAGCCCAGAAGCACCCGGAUAUUUAUGCUGUCCCUGUCAAAACACAGAAGUCAGAACAGAACUGGCCCCAGCCUAUGAGCUCCAGACCUCCAGAACCCCAGAAACCUCCUAUUAGACCUUACCAAGAGAACCGUGGCAGUUAUGGCAGUGAUGCGGAGGAGGAGGAGGAGUACCGUCGGCAGCUAUCAGACCACUCUAAGAAGGGGUAUUAUGGACAGCCAUCCAGAUACAGAGACACAGAAUUAUAG